GCCCAGCCUUACCAUUCUACCGCACCUGCCGGUGGCCGCCUUUAUAAAAUGACCUUCUGUCUCUUCUCUCACUCCUCUCUCUAUCUCUCGCUUCCAAACGGCCCCGACCGCCUCGAGCACCCUCUCUUCCUGGUUUUGGCAGUUUUACCUGCAAGAGCUUCUCGUUUCUUCAUAUAUCAUUGAAGGAAAGAACCAGGGAAUGCAGAAAGAUGUGCUUUAACGCUGAGAAUUGCUUCUUCAAAGCCUGUGAGCUUGUAACUCCAUUUGGGCUGCCAUUGUUUGUACUUGAUGAGAUUGGAUGCAUGACAGAUUACGAAGUCAAUCUCUGUGCCCAAAUGCACAAUGAACCUACAACUAGAAUCUCUGCCGUGUUGAAUCACGGCCUCGGUGACGACGGUUGAUUUCUUCAACUUCAAAUACUCCUGCCAGCAAAUAACUUACAUCUUUUAGCAGGAAUACAUUAUUUAUUAUUGUAUUAGGGUUACAGUUUGGAAUGGAAAAGAAGGGGAAUGUGCUGAUGCAAAGGUAUGAAUUUGGGAAAUUAUUAGGCCAAGGAAAUUUUGCUAAGGUCUACCAUGCAAGGGAAAUUAAAACUGGCCAGAGUGUGGCCAUAAAGGUAAUUGAUAAAGAGAAGAUUUUGAAGGUAGGGUUGAUGGAUCAAACAAAGCGGGAGAUUUCUGUUAUGAAACUAGUAAAGCAUCCUAAUGUUUUGCAGCUUGAUGAGGUAAUGGCCAGCAAAACCAAAAUUUUCUUUGUUCUGGAAUAUGCUAAAGGUGGCGAGCUCUUUAACAAGGUGGCUAAAGGGAGGCUCAAGGAAAAUAUUGCACGAACAUAUUUUCAACAGUUGAUCAGUGCAGUUGAUUUUUGCCACAGCAGGGGUGUUUAUCACCGGGAUUUGAAACCAGAAAACCUACUUCUUGAUGAGAAUGGAAUUCUAAAGGUUUCAGAUUUUGGGUUGAGUGCACUGGCUGAAUGUAAGCAUCAAGAUGGAUUACUUCACACAAGUUGUGGUACCCCUGCGUAUGUAGCACCUGAAGUAAUAGGUAGAAAAGGCUAUGAUGGGGCCAAAUCUGACAUAUGGUCUUGUGGUGUGAUCUUGUUUGUUCUGCUGGCUGGUUGUCUUCCAUUCCAUGAUUCAAAUCUUAUGGAGAUGUAUAGGAAGAUAUCCAAGGCAGAGUAUAAAUGCCCUAAUUGGUUUCCAUCGGAAGUGCGCAGGCUUCUGUCAAAAAUGCUUGAUCCAAACCCAAAUACUAGGAUUUCCAUUGCGAAAAUGAUGGAACAUCGAUGGUUCAGAAGAGGGCUCAACUCCGAAGUUGUAAAUCCUGAGACAGGAGUUAAAGAAUUAGCUUCACUGGAUGCUGAUGUGAUUCAAGGUGCUUGUGAGAGUGAUAUUGUUAGUGCUGCUGAGGCAAAGCAAGGCUCGUCCAAACCUACUAAUUUGAAUGCUUUUGAUAUCAUCUCUCUUUCGACGGGGUUUGAUUUGUCUGGUCUGUUUACAGAAAAUGAGCAGAAGAAAGAAGUAAAAUUUACUUCCCGGAAGCCUGCCUCAUCUAUCAUAUCUAAACUGGAGGACCUUGCUAGACAUCUGAAACUAAAAAUCAAGAAGAAGGGUGGAGGUUUGGUAAGAUUGGAGGGAUCAAAGGAAGGUAGAAAGGGCGCACUGGCCAUUGACACAGAAAUAUUUGAGUUCACUCCAUCUUUUCAUUUGGUGGAAGUGAAGAAGUCCAAUGGAGAUACGUUGGAGUUUCAGAGGAUGCUGAAGCAGGAUAUAAGACCAGCUCUCAAGGACAUUGUUUGGGCUUGGCAAGGUGAGCAGCAGCUGGAACCGCAGUAGCUGCAUUCUUACUGAAUCUGCUCGCCAUGAGCCCCAAAUAGGAGAGCAGGAAAAGCCCCGCUGAUCUAGAGUUGUCUAUUUGCCCUCUUUAAAGGGUAAGUUUUUGUAGGGUCAGUGAGAUUUUAUGGGAAAUGUCCCUAGAUGUGAUUUUUGGGAUAUAUAUAUACUGAGAUACAAUGAUUGUAGUAACUUUAGUUAUUGUGAUAUAUGGUAUGAGAUGUUUAUGAUUGUAUGUUUCAUGC